UUUGUCGCUAUCAGCUGACGAACGACAUUUCGCGCCAACAGAACAAGCAGGUAAAAAGGCGGGCUUUCGGGCGACCAGUGUAUUUUCGAAGGUAACAUUUCGAAGAUAACCUUACGUUUGUCAUUUGUGUGAUCCGUAUAAAAGAUCAUGUCGCAACCAUUGGUAACGGCAUAUUUUAAUACACGUAAAAAUAAACGACCGGCAUACGAUGAAUUACACAGUAAAUCCAAGGUUUUGCUGCUGGAGCGGAAUAACUCGAGUAGUCAAACUUCGAUGAAUACUGAAAAUUCGGAACAGUCUACGUUAAAUGAGGAGAGUACAGAAACGAGUCCAAAAAUUGUGCUGAAAGAUCCUCCUGCGAACUUGCAAGAAAAUGUACGUACCACCAAAGUAGUGCGCAAUAUUCGGUUCGAUUCUCUGAAAGCAAGUCCUGAUAAAGUAAAUAGGCCUAGAGCGCGAGUCACACGUUCUCGCACGUUAUCUUCCACAGAUGGAAGCCAGGCAGAUAUUAGGGAUAGCUUAUUGAAGAUGAGUGGCGACCCUACAGAAAUUAAGAAAGUGCCCUUUGAGAAAAAAGGUACGCUUAGCCCGAGGAAAAAGCAAAUUCCUAAAAAGAGUUCUACUUUUGCAAAGGAAGAUGUAAUCCAAAAGGCUGAGAAUGAACAACCUGCUGCUGGUUCGCUUACUCCACCAUCAUCAAAAAUCUCAACAAUGGAAAGACUAGCAAAAAAUGAAAAUUUAAGUUUCAAUGAUGUGAAAAACAGAAUUAAAAAAUCCUCCAGGCUGGCGGAAAUGAAAGCCAUAAUGCAACGAAUUGCUAAAUGUGAUGAAGCAUUAGAGCAGCUGCACAAGCAAGAUGACACUACGAAACCUCAGAUGCAGAAGUUCAAACAGAUAGAACUUGAAAUUCUUGUGAGUCCACAAAAGGGACACAAAUCUCCAACCAAGGCAUUGUCAACUCCAAUCAAGGAUAGAGAUCUUUCGAAAGCCAGUCCUCAAAGGCAACUUUUAUUCGAGCCUAAAGAAACAACGUCAAGUCCACUGAAAUGCAGUCCUACUAAAGCAUAUCAAAGAUAUCUAUCAUUAGCUGAAAGUGAAAUACCUGGAUUGGCAUUGCCAUAUAGCUACAGAUUCUUGGCUGAAGUAUUCAGAUGUAUGGAUACGGUGUCAGCAAUGCUGUUUAAUAGAAGAGAAUUGAUAACAUUCAAUAAAUUGAAACCUGCAGUUCAAGAGUUGUUGCGACGUAAUUUCACACAAGAACAUUUGGCUCAAAUAAAGACUAUUUAUCCUGAUGCAUAUAAUUAUCAGCAAGAGAAGCAUAGAAAUUUUGGUUCCACAUCUAAGCAAGAAAGAUAUGAACUAGUGUUGACACCUGUAGUUGAAGCAAGUAGUGGCAGUAUAAUGCCUGAUGCAAACAAUGUACUGAAGACCGCAUCUGAGAAUGGCAUGAAUCCUACAGUAUUACUGGAAAGAAGAAAGAAAUUUUACAAUACUUUAUUAGAGAGAGUAAAGGACGAACAUGAGAAAUUUUUGUUAAGUUUUGAUAAUCCAAAAUUAACGAAUAUACCGAGAGAAAAAAUAAUGCGCUGGCAUCCAGAGUUUGAUGUGGAGUCUUGCAAGAAAAUUGAACAAGCCGAAUUGCCGCAACCACCUCAGGUUGAAAAGCCAUCUGCUAAAGAUGUUCUGGACAAAGCUAAAUCUUUGUUUAAUUGUGGUACACGCAUGGAGAAAGCAUUGCAGAGACUAGCGGAAGCAAAAUUAACUUUAAAAUCCAAAUCCCCAUCUUCUACACAAGAUUCUACAACGCUCACCACAGAGGAUGGUGUACCGAAGGUUAAUAUUACUAUUGUGGAUACCCCACCAGCUACACCAUCCACACAGACCAAUCAUCAUAGCACGUUAUUUAAAGGCAUUCCUAAGGCUCUGCUUGAGAAGGUUCGUGCUAAGCAAGCAGCCAAGGCGUUAGAGGCAAUGACGAGAACACCAAUCGCGGAUAAAGAAGCUGCAUUAUACUCUAGACUUCCCGAGUUUGCAAAGCUACUCCGUAAUAUUUUUGUGGCAGAGAAAAAAGGCAUCCUUACAAUGGAGGCGGUGAUACAAAAGUUAGACAAUUCUUACAGAACAAAACUAACUUUGCAAGACAUGGAAGAGCAUAUACGACAAUUGUGCAAAUUAUUACCUACAUGGAUCAGUAUACACAACGUACGAAAGGUAACUUAUCUGAAAUUAGAUAAAAACAUUGAGCUUGCUAAAGUGAUCAAACAAUUAGAAAUUUUAGCUGAUGAUAAAGUCAAGAUAGGGUCAUGACUUGCACGUUUCAUGAACUAUAUUUAGAUACUGUAUUUUCACCUAAUAAUAAAACUCACUUUUAUAAGUUAGAAAUGCUUAGUUUUAUAUAUUUACAUCUGAAUUAAUAAAAAAAAAUGACAAUUUAAACUGUAUUGGUAGAAACGGAAAUAAGUGUAUUUUUGGAUGUGAAAAUAUGAAAUGAAAUGUAAGAAAUAGAAACACAUACAUUAUCUUAUUCUUAUAUCUAAUUUUUCAAUUUUACUAGAAAUUUUGAUUUCUUAUUUAAUCGAUUAUUUUAUUAUUGAUAAAGGACUAUUCGAUAAAAUGUGUUAUAUCAUGCCAGGAGUUGAAAUUGUAUAAAAAAAUUAUUCAAAAUCAUUUAUAAUAUAUAAAAUUAUUCAAGUUUCUGAAGCAAAAAACUUGCUAGUGAUUGCUUCGUAUGCACUGUUUUUGAUAUUAUAAUUUUUAAAUAAAACUAUUGGAAAAAGUAAUCAUUUAUAAUGUAGAUAACUAUUCUGCACAAACACACAUACACACACACAUACAUAUACACAAAAUUUUGUUGAAAUGAAAUUGCUCAUGCAAAUUUUAAUAC